UUAAUUUCUUUAAUUAAACUUCAUUUGUUAAAAUUUGUAAUUAUUAAUUAUAAAAGAAUAAAGAAAAAUGAAUUCAGUUUUCUUGAUUGAAAACUAUUUUUAGUUUUAGAAUUUGACGAAAAAAAAGUCGUAGCGAAACCAAAAUUAUCGACAUAAAAAAAAUUGUACGUUUUUGAAACGUCUAGGUUCUUCUUUUUAUCGUAAAUAUAUAUAUAAAAAAAUAGUGAUAAAAUGCUGUUCUUUUUAGGGCCCGUAUCACUAAUAUUUAGGUGGUAUCGUCUUUCCUGAAAAGGAACUUCAAGUAAUUAUUUUGACGAAUGUCAAAAAUCGACACUGCCAAGUUGAAAUGAAAUUAUUUGUUAGAAAAAGAAAACAAUGGCAAACAAGCGAAAUCGGAAUUUCAAAUUUACACAAUAUUUAUUUAUUUAUGUACAAAUAAAGUAGAAAUUUAAAAAUUCAAUAUUAAAAAUCGAUUUCGAAAAAAAAGAAAAUAGAAAGAAAAUUAUUUAUAAUUAGGUAAUUAUGUGAAUAGAGAAAAUUUUUUUUCUACGAAAAAGAAAACAAUUCAAUCUUGGUAAUAAUUAAUUUUUUUAAUUAUUCCAUGUAAAAAGUGAGAUAUAAAAAAAAUGUUUGCAAAAUUUUACGAUUGCCAUUUAAUUUCUAACAAAUAAAAUGAAAUUAGAAAAGUGAAAUUAGGAGGAAAAGAACUACUGCCAGUAUCGUAUGUAAAUAUUCCUUUUUUGUAAGCUAUAAAUAGUUAUGUUAUUAAAAAAAAGAAAGCAUAUGUUCUGUAUGAAUGUUAUACUGGGAUUCUGUAAUUUUUGUGGUUGUGCGUUUCAUGAGUGUGAGAAAAAUGUGGGAAAAAAAAAGAUUGAAUGGCGCUUUAAUCAAAUUUCAAAAGCAAAAAGACUUUAUAAUCCAUCGUUUACCGAAUAUUAUAAAUAAAUAAAUAAAUAUAUAUAUAUAUAUAUAUAUACAAUUAUAUAUAAUUAUAUUUGCGCUAUUUGUUUAUUGUGAAUUUUCAUUUCAUCACAAUGACACAAGUUAUUGUUCUUAUCAGUCUAUAUGUUCACCAUAAUGGUUUUUUUAACAGAAAAAAAAAAUAAAUUUACUGUCGUAUUUAUUGUCGUAUAACACAAUGUUUUUUAUUUAACAUUUAAAUUUCAAUUAUCAAAUUUUGACAUUUUUCUUUGAAUCUUACUAAAAUCCCUUUAAAGGGACUGCUUUUCACUGAUAAUUUUUCGAAUCUUAUUUUCCGAUUAAAAUUACUUGACUUAGUGUCAAAACAUUCCGAAAAUAUGGAAAAAAAAUUGAAAAUGUUGAUUGAAUUUUAAUUAAAAAUUCUGAUUCUUGUUAAAAUGGAAAUUGUCGACCAAAAAGAAAAAAAAUAUUUAAAGCGAAUGUUUCGAAAAUUCUUAGAGAUCUUUUUAAAGAAAUAAAGGGAAAAAAUUGUGAAUGUUGAAUCAAGAGGAUAGAUAAAAAAAAUCAUGUAUAUAAAUUAAGUAGAAUUAAAUUUUACAAAAAAAAAAAAAAAAUGAUUUAAGUAGCACCUGUGAAAUCUUGUAGUUUUUAUUUUCUAAUUCUUCGAGUAAUAUUAACUAUAUGAGUUGAAAAAAAAAUUAAUAAGCUUCAAGAAUUAAUGGUUUGCUUUCUUAGAUGGAUUUCUGUGCGUAUGAAAAAAAAAUCUUUGCCAAACUAUCUGUGUGAUAAAACUUUAUAAAAGCAGCUUUACGAAAUUUUCAGCUGCUAUUUUUUUUCUUCUUUUAUUUUCUUUCGUUAAAUUAAUAGAAUAAUAUUGUAAACUCGUUACUAUCUCUGUAUAGAAAACAAAGACUUCUCUUCAAAAAAAAUCUGAGAAGUGCAAAACUAAUGGGUCUUUUACUUUUUAAACUACGAUUUCAUAAUUCUGUCGACUUCAUAUUUUCAUAAAACUGAAAAAAUAGUUUUAUUUCAUUUUUUUUUUUUAAUUUCUCGUCGAACUAAGAAUGUAUGUGCAAAAAUAUUAUUGAGCACUUUUAGAAAUAAGAAUUUAUUUUGCUGCCUGUAUAAAAAAAUAAAUAAGUAUUCGAAGGAGGAUCAUGUAGAAUCGAAAAAUAACUCAAAUAUUCUUUGUGAAAGCAAAACAGAAAGAAAAAGAAAAUAUAAAGCCUUUGAUAUUUUUCUAUUUUUCAAACGCAAUUGAAUAGAAAUAGCGAGAUCAAUGGGACAAUUUUCUGUAUUUUAGAUUUUGCAUUUUUUAUUAUAACUUUUCUCAACAAAAAGAAAAAAAAAAAGAAAAAAACCAGCUUCGCAAAUAAAAAUCAUCAGAAAAAUGUGUAUGAAUGUAAUGACCAGAUUGUUUUGCAUAAGAUUGAAAGAAUAAAAUCUAGAAAAUAAAUAAUCUAUACAGAAUUUCUUGCAUUUUUUUCUUCACACAUUUUGUUCGAUUUUCGAUAAUUAAGAAUAAACAAAACAUAAUCAGAUGAUACGAAUAUAUAUUCAUUUGAUAAAACAAAUUUUUAUUAAGUAUGUGAUCAUUUCAGAAAGUAAAUAAAAAUUUCGCGAACUAUGGAUUUUUUCAAAGAGAUACGAUAAAUAUAAAAAAAUUGCAGGAGUUCGAAAAAAACGUAAAAAUGGCCAUCGUUUGCAUUUUAACUGGGAUGAUUGAGUUAUUGACACUCGUGACAAUAACGGGAGUUUUAAUUACACUAUUGGCACUUUUUAAUCUAUUAGAAUUACUCAUUAGAGCCGUAAAUCCAGUUUGUGUUUAUUUACUUCGUCAUACCGGCAAUUUAUUCUCGUGUUCAAUCCAAUUGACGAUUCGGAAAAUGCAUCAAGUUUAUCUAAAAAUGUGUCCUGAUGAGACGAUUGAAAGUACAAUUGUUGGGACAAUUGAACCACUUCCUUCAGAUGCAGAAUUCAAUUUACCGGGUUCAUUAAAUUUAGAUGAAAAUAAUAACGUCGAUUCUAAUACUAAUUCGGAAAUUCCUAAUAUUAUCACUAAUAAUAAUUUAAACGAAACUCCUGAAAAUGUAAAUCCAGAGGAAAUUCAAAUUGACUAAUAACUUCAGAAAUAAAUAUUUUUGCAAGAUUUGCAAAUUGAAACGAUAAAAAA